GAAAAUGAGAGUGAAAAAAUGUAAACAACAUGGUUGACAACGUUGCUGCAAUGACCGGAUAAUACAGUACACCUAAGAGUGCACAGGUGCUUUGGUACCUUGUCCGUCAUAUCCAUGUCUCGUCUUAUUUUAAACUUGUUGGCACACUUUCAGUUUUGAAUUACGUCCAUUGUCAUAAUCCUAUGUUCUAAGUAGACAGAUUAGACAUGGCUGAUUUGAAAGGGCAGGGUUCGCCCGGUCACUCGGAAAACUUUCACCGUGUCCAAAAUAAUGGUAGUGAACCUUGUGGUCAGGACCCUACGAUACCGUCCGACAAUAACGAGUACUCGUACAUGUUAUUUGAACACGACCCAGAUUUGAUUGUAGAGAUCGACAUCCCCCUAGAUGAUGGACCCGUCGUAAAUGGUCACUCGAGGGAGCCUACCAGCAUCAGAUCCAAUAAAUCGGUCGGGUUUUCUGGCAGAAAGACUUCCUCCAAGAUCAAACAACAUUCAUCAGUGAAAACUAGGGGACGUCCUAUUAAAUCUCACGAGAUGGAACCAUUCCUUAGUGUAGACAAUCUACCACCAGAGAAGCAGACGUCUCGGACAUGUACAGCGAAUUCUGGGAGUUCAAAGUCUCAUCGCAAGAUCAAAUCCUCUCCUGGUCCAGAAAAUCGUUCCUCAUUGUCUGGCCGUUCACCUUAUGGGUCUCCUGCCUUCUUCCUUAGACCCAGUGGGGAGAUAGGUAAACAUGCGCGGGUACCUGACAGGAAGGGAGUUAAGUUAAGGAAUGGUAGAUUGACACCUGGUUCUUCUGUUUUCAUCACUCCCGAGGAUUCAUUGAAAAAAGUCAACCACUGUAUCAAGAACCCAUUCAAACAUUCAAUUAACUACACCACAGACGACUUAAAUAUUGAGAAAGGAAAAUCACCUGACCAUUGUAAAACACCAUCUGGCGAGAUGAAACAGAGGACCACAUUCGCUACCUUCCAUAUGGGGAAGGUCCUCGCCAAGAGCAAUACGGAAAGUCCAAACAAGAAACAGGGAAAGCUAUUGAAGGGAAAUACUUGUAGGCCUUCUUCUGAACAUUCCCGCAGAUUGCAGCCUUUGAAGCCAGUGGCCCUAGGCGGUGGUCCCACCAUCAAACAGUGUCGUGGCAUCGUAGCAGAAACAAAAAGCUAUGGUGCACCACCUAAUCGCACGCUUGCCCGCCGUAGGGAGAUUGUCCAGCAGGUACCGAACAUUCAUGAGUAUCUGUAUGAGCGCCCACAUACCGUGGAGAGUAUCCAUCGCACUUCAGAGGCAUCCAGUGUGGAUGAAAACCGAGACAACAAUGUCAAGGUGGAUUUUUCUGAGCUUGACCUGGCGGAUAGACUUGACAGAUCAACUCCUACCCCCACGGACAGAGAUGUACCGGUGGUGCCCCCUGCCAGUGCUGCCUCAAUGGAACGCCGCAAACAAGGCAAUGUAUCCCCGGAUCCACGAGUAUUCGCCACAGAGAUCAGUACUGGAAGAACAGUUCCUGAAAUCACAGAGGAAAUACAAGUUGAAGAACUACACAACAAAUUAAAUCUACAAAACAGUUCCAGCAAUGCCAAAACUGGAGAUAGUCCACAGUCAAAAAACGCUGAUUCAGACACUGGACUUGUCAAUGAACAAAGUCCAGUCCUUUCCAGACCACAGACAGCCGUUAGUGGACAAAGUCAUUCUCAGUCUGCCGACAGCAGUUCUCGACCACAUACAGCUGGUCAGCUCCAGUCUCGACCACAGACAGCAAGCAAGUCUGUUCGUUUUGCCGAGGAUCCUACCAACCCAACCAAUAAAAGGAAGGAAAAAUCUGGAAAGGAAACCUGUAAACCUACUGAUCUUGGUAAUGGUGUCAAGAGGGAUGAGGACCCAGAUCACAAAGAUGGGCCUAGUGGUCAGAGACCGGGUCAGGGUGAAAUCAGAUUAAUUUCUGCAGGCAGUGCUGGACAAAGUUCUGCAGAAAACGAUAAAAAAGCCUCUUCAUCAAAGAGUGACAAUCAAGGGAAACAACAAAGUUUGAAAUAUUUUCAAAGUGAUAGACAUGAAAAUAAACAAGCAGUGUGUUCAAGAUAUGAUAAGGGUAAAGAUUGUAGAAAGCCUUCUACCCUACAGGUACAGGCUGUAGGACACGGAGGACAAGUUCACACGUUAAUCUGUCCUGAAAGUCCCUCUAACAGAAGUAGGUCUCCAAGUCCUCAAAGGAGGGGUCAGAGGUCACCUAGUCCACAGCAGAGAGGCCCAGGGUCACUGAUAACCAAUCAGAAACAGCAAUCUAAACACAAUAAGAGUAACCGACUUGUGCGACCAUCAUCUGCCAACAUGUCAACCAGACAACUAACGUCGUCCAGGUCACGCAAGUCCAGUAACACAAAAGUUUGUUUUGAAGAUGACAAACCCCAACACGAGUCUAUCUUUGUACAAAAGGGGGAGGGUGAUGAGUUAUAUGUAGGAAUCCGAGAGGACCGGACUCUCACUUUUGAGGACAUCGAGGCUGAGCUGAGGGCGCUGCAGGAGGACAUUCAAGAGAGGCGAGUAACAGAGGAACACUGGGAUGUACUACAGGACGACAGCAGUGAGGACGGUAGUGAUGUCAGCACUGUGGUGGAGGAUAGGAUCAACCAAUCAGAUGAUAAUUUACUGGGUCUGAGUCAAUCAGAGGAGGAUCUGCUGGCAGACAUCAGGGGUGAUGAGGUGGUGGUGGACGAGGCUGUGGUGGACGAGGAUGUCCAGCAGGAUUGUUGGGGAGACUACUCCAGCCUGUUAGAUAUUUACAGGAGAAAGUGUAUGGAUGUUAGUGAGAACUGUGGUCAAAUCAGUAACAAACUGACCACUCCACGUAGGUCAAAGGUCAAACGGCGCUGUCAUAGUGCUGGUAGGGAUUCACUGACAAGUGACAGUUUAAAACGCAAAGGUAGCUGUCAGUCUGUGUACACAUUGGAUAGUGGGAAGGGUGAGAGUUGUGAGGGGACCACAAGAGAUGACAGUGCAGUCGGUCUGUCUCAUGCUACCUCUAACCUCACACUGGACAGUGGCCUCGGCAAUAGUGAAAUAAAUGACCAGCCACACCUAGACAAUAUCAAAGAGGUGAAAAACUCCUGUGUGAUGGAUGGACAAGUGCUGUCUGGUCCUGGGGAGCAAUCCAUGAAAGAAAUGGUGCCUCCAUUGGUACUCCACUCUGCACCACAAGUGGAGCCACAGGAAACUGAGCUUGUAGAGGAUGUGGAUGAAGAUCAGACAGUUGUGGACACAAAGAAACUGUUGGAGAUUGUAUGUGAUGAACUGGUCACACACCAGGAAAAACUGAAGGAGGAUGCCGAUAUGCCACCUAUACCUAAAGUUGAGCCUGUACCACCAAAAGAAGACCUGAAGAUUGUAGCCGAGGUGAAGACAUUGAACAAACAGAAGAAGAAGAAGCAGGCACGUAGUGGUCCCAUCGCUCCGUUUGCCCCAGUUUGUUUUGAGGUCAAUGCCAGACCACCGAAAGGCUACCUGUAUUAUUUUGCCUAUGGGACAGAGAUGAGUCUAUCCAGACUGACCACCUACAUAAAGAGAGAGCCACAACGUUACUGGGGUCUUUUAUUUGGAUUCCAGCUGGUGUUCAAUAAGAAAGGUGCUGACCUAGAGGCAGGAGGUUUUGCCAACAUAGAGUUUAAUCCCUACUCCUCUGUGGAAGGGUGUGUCUACCCAAUUACACAACAGGAACUGCUUCUACUGGACAAGCAUGUUGGCUAUCCUCAGCAUUAUGAACACCUUGUGACCCCUCUCUGGCUGAUGAACUCCCACGAAGACCCUAACGAGUAUGGUGUGGCUCAGUAUUGUGUACCUGCACUCACCUUCAUUGCCCAGGACAGGUGGAUAGAGACAGAAGAGAAGUUGGAUUACAGUGGUUCCCUGUCACAGUGUAUAAAGAAUUCUGACAUUGUUACCCCUGGUUACCAUGAUCACCUGACCAAUCUGGCCACCGUGAACAGUGGCAGAGAGCAGAUUGCUGCAGCCUAGUUCAAAAAUCCAGUCUUGAUAGUUCACUGGUAUUUUGGUGCAUAAAUAGAUAAAUUAAAUACCAGGCAGGUAUUCAAUACAAUUACAAAAACAGAAAGUUUUCCAUAUGUAUUUUAAACAGAAGUAUACAAGCAGUAUAUUACCUGUAGACUUGUCUACUAACAUGCUCGCUCAUCAAUAUUGGCAGUUGACACAGUGCCUUAUACACAGACCAAAUGACAUCUGUGUGGAAUGUCUGGAAGAUCAACGGGUUAAGUUGCGGACACCAAAUAGGUGAAUGCUAGGACAUCUCAAAAGAGUCAAGGACAUAGAAUCUUGUCUAAGUCAUGGACUUUAUACAAUAUCCUGUCAGCUUUCUGUCAGACCUGCUACACUAUACUGUAAACAGGAUGGCUGCUUAGAGAGGAGUGUCUUCCUCAAAACUAUUUGCUCAAUCUGAAUAUUUUGUGUAUUUCUAGUGCCCAGUAUUAACACCUGUCAGUAAGGUACAGACCACUGUACCUAUUUUUGUUACCAUAUCAUUUACUAAAAAUAUUGUCAAAAUAUCUCUUAUGUCAAGGCCAACGAUUAUCAUGUAUAAUAUAUUAAUGUUUACUAUAGUUUGAUAUUCAUGUUCCUGAAACAAAAUCUGCCCCAGAAUACAUAGUUACAAGGCAUUACCUCCUUUGUCAAUCUGGUGUCCAGGAGGUUAUGAAGGGUUGUCUCCCUUACGUGACUGAUGCGUCCGUAGUAGUAGUAUGUAUGUCCGUUAUAGAGAGAAGGUACUAAAUGGGAUGAUGUCGACGACAAAUUAUGUCUAUGACCACCAUAUCGUGUUGACUCAUUCCACUCGGUAUGGAUAAAGGUGUGACUAUGUUUUCUCAUUCCCCUACAUAUUUACGCAUUCUUUGAUAUUGAUAUUGUGCUUACAGAGUUAUAUCUAUUUAUAUAUACAGUAUUGUAAUACAUACCUCUCUUACUUCAAGUGUUGUGAUGUUAAUAAUCCUAUGUGUUGCUUGCUUGUUUUCUAUCAAAUCGAUGGACAUGGUGUAGACCGUUUCUAUAUGUAUAAGAAAGAAAGUCCUAAUAUGUUGAAAACUGAUAAUUAUUUAUUAAUAACAAAAUAUAUUAAUGUUUAAUUGAAAUAUACAUGUAAUUGUAUUGUUAUUAAUUACAUUUAAAAGAAAGUAGGUAUUUAACGUUAAAUGUUAUUAAGAGUUGUGUCCAUUUGGAUUAACGUGGAUCUGUGCUUUUUACUUGCUGUUUUGAUUAUUAAUUCCCUCCAUAAUUACCGUCUAUGCGGUAGUAAUCACGUGAGAUUUCCUCACCUCUACCGUCUAUGGCGGGAAUCACGUGAGGUUCCUCACCUCUACCGUCCAUGGCGGGAAUCACGUGAAGUAUUCCGCCUUAACCGUCUAUGGCGGGAAUCACGUGAGGUUCCUCACCUCUACCGUCUAAGGCGGGAAUCACGUGAUGUUCCCCGCCUUUACCAUCUAUGGCGGCAACCUCGUGAGGUUCGCCGCCUUUACCGUCUGUGGCGGCAACCACGUGAUGUUCCCCGCCUUUACAGUCUAUGACGGCAAUCACGUGAGGUUCGCCGCCUUUACCGUCUGUGGCGGCAACCACGUGAUGUUCCCCGCCUUUACAGUCUAUGACGGCAAUCACGUGAGGUUCUAUUUCCCUCCUUUGCUGUAUGACGGUUAAUACCUGAUACAUAAAGUCUGAUGUGAUAAUCACAUCCUAUUCCCCAUGAUCAUUUAUCCGUCCAGCCAGAUAUUAGUGUCAUUGUUAGUAGAUAUGAUUUAUUUUUGACAUUUACUUACUUUAAGAAAGUUUCAUAUACAAAUGUAACCAAUUUAUUUACACUGUUUACUUGUUUUUCUUAAAUAAAACGUUUUUGUUUUCUCUGCUUAAUUCAUUAGUUUACUUUUAUAUUUUCAUUGUUUCCUGCAAGUCUCGGGCGCAAUGACAUGAAACAAAUGAAGCAUAAUGGAAAAACUACCAGUAUUAAGUCACCAAACCACAAUCAAAAUAGUUUGUUUUAUUUAGAAGAUUCACAUAUAAUAUUAAGUGCAUGUAUGUGUUGGGCCCUUGAGGCGAACCAUUGUUUCCUUUGAGACACAUUUGGCCUGGAGUGUUGUCCUGUGUCUAUACAAGUGAAACUUUACGUGUACCUGCCUGCUUGUUGCAUCAAUCUGCACUAAACAUGUCAGUUAUACUGACGUUUUGGUGACAACUGUGAUUCGAACGUAAUAGCUGCCCGACUACUCACCAUACAGUUAUACAUGUAUACUUAUAGACAGAGAGGUCCCAUCAUACCAGUGUUGUAUCGGUAACGAACAUUUAUCACCAACCCCAUCACAGCAGGUAACUGACAAUUAUCAUCAACCCCAUCACACCAGGUAAUUAACGAUUAUCAUCAACCCCAUCACACCAGGUAACUGACAAUUAUCAUCAACCCCAUCACACCAGGUAAUUAACGAGUAUCAUCAACCCCAUCACACCAGGUAACUGACAAUUAUCAUCAACCCCAUCACACCAGGUAACUGACAAUUAUCAUCAACCCCAUCACACCAGGUAACUGACAAUUAUCAUCAACCCCAUCACACCAGGUAA